AGAAAAGAAAGAAAAAGCAGGAGGCGAAGGCUGAAGGAGGAGGUUAGGGUUUACAGUUGACGGUGUCGACAAUGAUCAAACGUGUAAAUGUUAUGUCUGGGGUUGAUAAUGUUUGUUUUAAACCACCCAUCACAAUUGCGAUGGUGCAUAGGUGUUCAAUAUCAGCGGGUUUUGGAAAGGCGGAAUUCUCGCGGACUCAUCGCGGCGUCUGUGUCCAUAGGAGUAGGGAUGUUACAUACACUGAUACCUCUUUUUGGUGGCCUGGAUUAUUCGUUUAUUGAAUUUGUUGUACAUAUAUAUGUUAAGUCAUAAAAUGCGCCACAUCUUACAAAUGAGCGUCAAGCUCGGGUCAUCUCUUGCCAACGCUCACCAUCUCAGUCUCAGAAG